GAGCAUAUGAGCUGUCAAACAGGUUUGUCUUGUGCACUGUUUAGUGGUUUCACACGCAUUAACACACACUCUCUCCGGUAGGAUCAGUCCAGUUCUGCAUUGUGGCAUGUCGGGGUAAGAGGAGCAGCCCAGAGCUCAGGAGUUCAACAGGGACUGUCAAGGAAGUCCAAAUGUCAGGGAACUAGAGUUCAGAUGCUGGAGUUAUAUCUCUGAAGAAUGAAACAGAAGCAGCGCUGAUCAUGUGAGAGCUACACACUGGCACAAAUUAGAUGGGCUCUCUCAUUUUUGUAGAGCAAAGUGAGGACAUUUACAUAUAGGUGGCCACAGAAGGAACUGUAAAUAUAAGGUUAACAAGGCCAGGUCAGACUUCAGCAUAAUGCCUGUGCAGACUCUCCAGCAAACACUGAGGCAACCGGCAAGGGCGGCUGCAGCAGCUACACCCCCACGCCUGCGGCCCAAGGGGCCAGUGGGGCCAGACUUCUACCGGCAAUGUCCGUCAGCAACAGGAAGACCAAAGCAGAGUGCAGUGGAGAGGCUGGAGGCAGACAAGGCUAAAUAUGUCAAGAGUCAAGUAGCCCUCUCCAAGCAACAGCCAGUCCGGCCUCCUGAAGUGCGGAGGCCUCCGACAACUCCUACAACCACCAUUAGACCCACCAGGAAGACCCCAAACCGCCCAAAAACACAGCAAGGGAGUGUGCCACUUGAUCUACAGCACCUGAGCAACCUGAUCAGUGGCGUGAACGACGGCCCUAUUUCCACUGCAAGCUCAGAGGAAAGUCCUGACUGUUCUGCCACAACGCACAACUCUCCCUGCCCGACUCCUGCAGGGGCAGAGAGACCGUGUCCUCCUCCCUGCCCCGAAUGGUCCAGUCCGGCUAAGGUGAGGUUGCAAGCCUCUGGCCCGGCCAAGGCAGAGAGCUCCAGUCCCACUGGGUCCCCGGCCACAGUGACCAUCCGUAGGGUGGACGUCGUGCCCCAGGCCAGGCCGGUGAGGACGCCGUGCAGACCUCAGCAGUACAUCCGGCAGCCACUUCAGCCCAUGCCAUUACAGUCUCAGUUUCCACUCCAUCUGGCGACCUCAAACCUGCAUCUCUUUCACCCCAGAACACUGCCGAGUCCUUCUCCUCUGAAACCUGUUGUUGCCCCAUCUAAACAUGACCUCCCUCCCUCUUCUCCUAUUGGGACCCACAACCCUGCCCCACCCCCUCUCGGCCUCCCUCUGUUCCCCCCUACUUCCCCAGCAAUAACUCGUCUGUCUUCCUCUAGCUCCAGGAAACGCCCCUCUCUGACCCGUUCAAAAUCAGACAUGAGUGACCGGUACUCCCGUGCUGGAACAGAGCUGGAGCGCUUCUUUAACCUGUGUGGUUUGGACCCUUCAGACCUGCAGGAGCUGACGGGACCCGGCUCUGACAUUGUGUCUCUCACCCGUUUCCGCAGUGCCAGCGCUCCGGGGUCUGAGUGUGCAGGCUCUGGCAGAGAGGAUGAUGAUGAUGAUGAGGAUGGUGGGGACGUUGCAGAGCGUGUUCCCUAUGGGGUCUCGGUCAUUGAGAGAAAUGCAAGAGUGAUCAAAUGGCUGUAUGGACUCCGUCAGGCCAAGGACAAUGCUAGUAGAAGCACCAAUUUGUAGGACGAUGUAAAAUGGAGGUGCAAUGGCAUAGCAUUGCAAGUUUUUUGUUGUUGUUUGUUUUGUUUUGUUUUUUUCAAGAUUUUCAAACAAAAGUGAGCUACAAAAAGUGAACUUUGGUGUUGAAAUUGUGAUUUUGGUUAUGACAGAUCAAGGAGCAAUAUUACUGUGAGACUUUCUUUGGUUUUAUUCUUUUUUAUCAUUUUGACUUUUCAAAAGGUUUUCCUGUCUCAUACUGGGGCCGUGUCAAAUCUGUUGUUCUGCCACUGGAAUGCCAAAUCACCUUCUGUGCCUGUAAAUGGACAGCAUUAAAGCUUAAUGAUGCAAAGCAUCAUAUUUA